CGAACGGUCGGCCUCUGCUGCGCCUGCGUGGUCGGGAGGGGAAGUGAGGCGGUUUCCUCGGCGCCUUUUCCGGCAGCGGCGGCGGCAGAGCUGGGAGGAGGAGGUGGAGGUUGGAGGGAGCCCGCGCUCGGGGCGGCGGCUGGAGGCUGUGCACCGAGUUCCCGCGAGGAUCAAUGACCUGACGGGGCGCCGGAGCCGCGCUCCCUGUUGGGUGUCUUGGGCCGGUGGUGAGCCCGGUGCUCGCGGACCGGCGGGCGGGCCGGGGGGCCGCAGUCUCCCGCGGCGGGUGAGAAGAAGGCGGAGAAGCGGGAACCGCGGCGGCGCUCGCGCGGCGCCUGCGGGGGGAAGGGCAGUUCCGGGCUGGGCCGCGCCUCAGCAGGGCGGCGGCUCUCCCGACGCAGACUCAGGGCCCCGGCAGCGGCGGUGACUGGAGGCUUCAAGUUGUGCGGCCGGCGAUGCCCGAGUGAGCCGCAGGCCCGGGCCCUGCCCCUAGGAGGCAACUUCCACGCAGGCCGCUCGAGCGCCCUCGCGGCGGGGAGUCUUCCUUUCGGUUUCGCGGCGGCGGCGGCGGCGGCGUUGGCGUUGUUGGCAGAAGGGACCCGGGACACCUGAAUGCCCCCGGCCCCGGCUCUUCCGACGCGAUGGGGAAGGUGCUAUCCAAAAUCUUCGGGAACAAGGAAAUGCGGAUCCUCAUGUUGGGCCUGGACGCGGCGGGCAAGACAACAAUCCUGUACAAGUUGAAGCUGGGCCAGUCGGUGACCACCAUUCCCACCGUGGGUUUCAACGUGGAGACGGUGACUUACAAAAAUGUCAAGUUCAACGUGUGGGAUGUAGGCGGCCAGGACAAGAUCCGGCCGCUCUGGCGGCAUUACUACACCGGGACCCAGGGUCUGAUCUUCGUGGUGGACUGCGCCGACCGAGACCGCAUCGACGAGGCCCGCCAGGAGCUGCACCGCAUUAUCAAUGACCGGGAGAUGAGGGACGCCAUAAUCCUCAUCUUCGCCAACAAGCAGGACCUGCCUGAUGCCAUGAAACCCCACGAGAUCCAGGAGAAACUGGGCCUGACCCGGAUUCGGGACAGGAACUGGUAUGUGCAGCCCUCCUGUGCCACCUCAGGGGACGGACUCUAUGAGGGGCUCACAUGGUUAACCUCUAACUACAAAUCCUAAUGAGCAUUCUCCACCCAUCCCCCGGAAGGAGAGAAAUCAAAAACCCAUUCAUAGGAUUAUCGCCACCAUCUUCACCUCCUUCAAUUGCCACUUUCUCUUCUUUUGAAUUUGAACUCUGGAGUUACUGUUCUACGGUUUUGCGGGGCG